AUGGCUCCUUUCGCGAACGCCACUGCCGCGCCCAGCCUCUUCUCGGCCGUCACCCUCGGCGGCAAGAAGGACCCCGUACAGCUCAAGCACCGCGUCGCCAUGGCCCCGCUCACCCGCGUGCGCACGGGUGACGCCGGCACGCCCACGGACCUGGUUGCCCAGUACUACUCGCAGCGCGCCUCGGACGGCGGACUGCUCAUCACCGAGGCCACCAACAUCAGCGCCACCGCACGCGGCUACUUCGGCGCGCCCGGCAUCUUCCAGCAGAACCAGGUCGAGAGCUGGAAGCCCGUGACCAAGGCCAUCCACGACAAGGGCGGCAAGGUCUUCGUGCAGCUCUGGCACACGGGCCGCGUCGGACACCCGCUCAACCAGCCCGGCGGACAGCUGCCCGUGUCCUCGAGCGCCACCAGCAUGGCCAACGUCAAGAGCCACGCCGUCACGCGCGAGGGCCGCAAGGACUACGUGACCCCGCGCGCGCUCGACAUCGCCGAGAUCCCCGAUGUCGUCGCUGACUACAGGCGCGCCGCCGAGAACGCCAUCGCCGCGGGCUUCGACGGCGUCGAGAUCCACGCCGCCAACGGAUACCUGCUCGAGGAGUUCCUCUGCGACAGCGUCAACACGCGCACGGACCAAUACGGCGGCAGCAUCGAGAACCGCGCGCGCCUCAUCUUCGAGGUGCUCGACACCGUGCUCGCCAGCCUGCCGUCCAGCAAGGUCGGUAUCCGACUGUCUCCGUUCGGCGACACCUUCGGCUGCAAGGACUCGGCGCCGCGCGAGACCUACGGCUACGUCGUGAACAAGCUCAACGACUACGACCUGGCCUACCUGCACGUGAUCGAGCGUCGCGGCAUGCACACGGACAACUCGGACGUGCCGGCGGGCGGCGUGGCGCGCCACUUCCGCGGCGUCUACAAGAGCGUGCUCAUCACGGCCGCGGGCUUCGACCGCGCCGACGCCAUGAAGACUAUCGAGGACGGCGGGGCCGACCUCGUGGCAUUUGGCCGCGACUUCAUUUCCAACCCGGACCUCGUCGAGCGACUGCGCACGAACGCGGCGCUCACGCCAUACGAGCCGAAUACGUUCUACCUGCAGCCGAGCAUGCCGCUGGAGGCGGGCUACACGGACUAUCCGUUCGUGGGCGAGGAGGACAAGGGCGUUCGCUCGGCGGGAUUCGUCUGGGAGUCGUAG